UUGCCCUGCCUCCACCCUGUUGCCUCUGUCCAUCACCCUCGGCCUUGUCCGUCAACAACCGCGGGCCGCUAAGGUCCUGUUUUCGCCCCGCCAUCUCCGUUUUCGAGAGAGAAAAAUAAUGGCGUAGGUGUCAGAAGAGGGCUAACGGUGGAGAGAGAAAAAUAAACACUGCACCUGCGCUUCGAAUCCCCAAAUGCCCGGUGAAAGGAUCGACCGGCGUCCGAACGGGCGCCACCACUUAGAGACGGCCGAGAGCAUGUCUGGACGCCGGAGUUGAUCUUGCGCCAUCUCCUCACCUACCGUAGCGGCUGCGGUGGUAAAACGACGCCGGGCACACGGACGUCUCUCGACCUCGUUCAUUAUCAUCAUCGAAAUCGCUGACGAGGAGGAGGCGGACCAAGUACAACCCGGUGCCCGUAGUUUCUCGAUUCCUUGAUCUGGUGUCGAUCGAGAUGGGGUUUCUGCUGUUGAUCCUCCAUGAUUUGAUUGUCCAUGAACUUGGACGAGUGCAUAGGAUCCAUCGAAGCACUAAGGCGGCGACCGCGCGAGAGAUCUGUUAAGAAGCUUGUCCGGCCUCCGGCGGCGAGAAGAAAUUCUAGGGUUUUAUGCUUGAUCACGAACGAAGGUGAGGAAGAGAAGCAAAGGGAAGAGACAACAAGGAAGAGACCUUCUAGUGAGGGAACACUGUGUCGUUUUUGUUGCAGGAAAAGAGAGGAGAUGACAGCAGAAGAGGGGGACAAGUCAUUUCUUGAGCGUAUGCUUUCCCAUCUACGCUCCACCAGCAAGUAUUACACUGGAUAUCCAAAAGAUCUUGGACCUUCACGAAUUGUUCACUUCACCUCCGAGCGUCAUUUUGUUCAGCUGCUACAUGAAGGCAGUCCUGUAGUUGUUGCAUUUACUAUUAGGUGUCCUUACACAAAGCAUCUUGAUAAAGUGUUGGAGGAAGCUGCUGCUGAGUUUUACCCUCACUUCAAAUUCGUGCGUGUGGAAUGCCCAAAAUAUCCAGCAUUUUGCUUAACGAGACAAAGGAAUGAGUAUCCAUUCAUUGAAAUAUUUUACAGUCCAGAACAAGCAACUGGCCAGGGAAAAGUGGUAGAUCCUAACAUCACAAAGUAUUCAGUGAAAGUCUUGCCAUUUAACUAUGACUUAAGUGUGUAUGGGUUUCGAGAAUUUUUCAAGCGACAUGGAAUGAAUUUACCAGAAACCAAGUAAAGCUGCCACAGCCAUUGCACCGUCAUAUAUGUUUGAUGGAUUCCGAAACCUGCAUGUGUAGCUCCAUGGGAAUUUGGAUCGCAAGCCCUUUGCCUGUGACGAAGCUUAAUGGCUGAAGAUGCUACAUGCCUGGAAGUAUCAUUUUCUUAAUCUUCAUCAAUGACCUUAAAUUAACAUGUUCUUGCCUUUGGGUUUUUACCACGGUGCAUAAUCACAUAAGUUUCUUUUACUUUAUAUAUUGCAGAUAAGUCCCUUUUGUGAUAGCAGCUAAUGGGAUUAGCUUGACUACUAAUUUCCUCUCUUUGAAUU